UAAGCUGCAGAAAAAUGGAGCGUUCCAGUCACAACUGCGUCGCCGCCACCCCUUUCUAAGCCACCAUAGAACUUUCUAAAAGGCAGAGAAGCAGUGGAAAUUCCGCCCGCUCGCUCCACUUUUCUGGAGUCGCUGCCUGAGUCAGCUUUAUGCAGAAAUAAGCGCGGGCGGGCGCCUAGCGAUUUAGAAGUUUCUUGCUCACUGCCAAGGACACCCGGGUGGGCAGAGGCCGCUACAGAGCGAUGGCAGCUGCGGGGAAUUCCUCCACACCGACCAUCUCGCGAGCAGUGAGCGAGCUCUGCCAGAAUCCCACAGAAACGGUUUUAGAGGCCUCCCGGUUGCUGCUUACCUAUGCGGAUAAUAUCAUAAGACACCCACAUGAAGAAAAAUAUCGGUAUAUUCGGCUUGGAAAUCAAGCAUUUUCCACAAGAUUAUUACCUGUCAGAGGAGCUGUUGAAUGUCUCUUUGAAAUGGGAUUUGAAGAGGGGGAAACACAUCUUGUUUUUCCAAAGGAAGCAUCAAUUGAGCAGCUACACAAAAUUCGUGAUCUAAUUGCUGGAGAAAGAAAUAGCCGGUUAAAUAGAACAAAUCAAAAUGAAAGAUCAGGGUCCUCUCAGAAGAUAACCAACACUCAGCCUCUUGCGGCUCAACCUCCAGGAGCUACUGCCAGUGUAGAGCCUCAGUCUGCUGUCAUGACAACUGAAUCCAUUUUUUUGAAGACCCUUCAGUCAAACUUCCUACAUGUCAUGGUAUAUGAGAACCCUGUUUUACAAAGGAAAGUAUUGGCUUGCAUCCCAAUCCAACAACUGAGAAAGAAAGCUCAAGAAAAGUUAACAGAAGUCAGAGAAAAGGACAGAGGCUCCCUUGUGAAUGAAGAGGAUAUUCUGUUGCUAGAGCUCUUGAACUGGUUUAAAUAUGAUUAUUUCCAGUGGGUAAAUAAUCUUCCAUGCAGCAAGUGUGGAGGCCACACAGAAUCUAGAGAUAAUUUGUCACCCAGCGACGAUGAUCUGAGAUGGGAUGCAAAUAGGGUUGAAAAUCAUUUCUGUACCCAAUGCCAGUUCAGCAACAGAUUUCCAAGGUACAACAAUCCUGAGAAACUUUUGGAAACUAGACGUGGGCGUUGUGGAGAAUGGGCCAACUGUUUUACUCUAUGCUGCAGAGCUGUAGGAUUUGAAGCAAGAUAUGUUUGGGAUGCAACAGAUCAUGUAUGGACUGAAGUGUAUUCUUCAUCUCAGAAGAGAUGGCUCCAUUGUGACCCUUGUGAAAAUGUUUGUGAUAAACCCCUUCUGUAUGAAAUUGGCUGGGGGAAAAAACUCUCCUACAUUAUUGCUUUCUCUAAAGAUGAGGUUGUUGAUGUCACUUGGCGCUACUCUUGCAAACACGAAGAACUGCUCUCCAGAAGGACCCUAAUCAAAGAGGCAGUGCUACGAGAAACUAUCAAUAAUCUUAACAAAGUGAGACAGCAAUCUUUGACUGAAGGAAGAAAAAGAGAGCUCUUAGAAAGAAUCAUUGUGGAGCUUGUUGAGUUCAUUUCUCCUAAAACUCCUAAGCCUGGAGAACUUGGUGGAAGGGUAUCUGGAUCAAUGGCUUGGAGAGUUGCCAGAGGUGAAAUUGCUUUAGAGAAUAAAGAAGUCAUUUUUAUUCCAACUGGAAAAGAGAAAGCCUCUAAACUUCUCCACCUCAGAUACAAUAUAGUUGAAGACUGUUACACAAGACUAUCAAAUAACAAUGAAAAGAUUCAUGGCUGGGAGAAAGGGGUGUGGAAGAUGGACUCCAUAUGGAGAAAGGUUGAGUCAGACUGGGAAAUGGUUUAUUUAGCUCGAAAUGAAGGAUCAUUGUCUGGCUACAUUUGCUGGAAGUUUGAAUGUGGCUCUGUUGGUCUAAAAAUAGAAAACAUUUCAAUCAAAACAAGCAGUCAGACAUUUCAGAGUGGAAAAGUAAGGUGGAUGCUGCACUCUGGAGACACUGUAGCUGAUGUGAAUGGAGAUAAAAUACUUCACACUUACCCUGGUAUUUGCAAUGUAACAGAUGUUACCUUGGAAGCUGAACUUAGUGGAGGGGAUGGUGAUAUCGCAUGGCAACACACACAGCUAUUUAGGCAAGGUUUAAAAGAGGGCGAGGAUUGUCUUGAGAUCAUUAUAAAAUUCAGUGAGCUUUGAAUUUCUCUCAGCAGAUAUUCAAAAAAGAUAUCUGUAUCAACCAAGGCCUUCUGGCACAAAAUAAAUGAAAAAGAGACUAUGAACUGCUUGUCAGAAGGUCUUGCCUCAAACAGUGUACUUUUCAUAUUACUACUGAGAAGAAACAGAUUUUGUCAAUGUGAAACAUAAAAAGAUCCUGGAAUCUUGUAAAUGUUCUCUUGAAAAUGUGCAUCGAAUACACAUACAUACAUACACAUUUCAAAAGGAAAAAGAGGCAACGUUUUACAUUCAAAAAGCAAGAAAAAUAAUGCUGUGAUCCUGUGAAUAUGUACUUGACAGUAAACUACAUUGACAAAGCAGCAUUUACUUCUGGGUAAACAUGCAUAGACUUGGGCUUCAAAGUUAGCAUUCAUAUUUCUAAUGUUUCAUCUAUUGUGGAAGAAGAGUUUUAAAAAGAAUGAAGAUUUUAACAUCUUUUAACUUUGGAUUUUGGAAUUUGAUUUUUAAAAAUACAUCAUAGAAUCAUAGACUAGAAGAGUUGGAAGGGGCCAUGAAGGCCAUCAAAUCCAACCUCCUGCUGUUGCAGGAUACCACAUUACACCAUCCCACUCUGAUGGCUGUCUAGGUUCUUUUUGAAUGUCUCCCGUGUGGAGGAGCCCACGACCUCCUUGUGAUGUUUGAGCUUUCUCUUUGAUCAUAAUUUUAUAAUAAGGAAUUUAUUGUACUCAUAAUAUUAGGGUAAGAUUAUGGAACUGUGGAAUAAUUACUAGCUUGUGAUUUCAUUUUUGUUAAAUGUAAUAGGCUAUUGAAAAUGAAAUUUCAUUGACAAAGUAGCUGAUUUUGAUGUCUGCUAUGUCCUCUAUUUCCCAAAUUGAAUAUAAAAAGAUCCAGAAUGAAAUAUUUUGGAAGUUGAUAAUAAGAAAAUAAAUUUACAGUGUUCUUAAAAUCC